CGGGGCUUACCGGGGUUUACCGGGGCUUACGGGCACCGUGACUUGCUGGGGUUUACCGGGGCACCGGAGCUUACAGACACCGGAGCGAGGCACCGAGGCUUGCCAGCACCAGGAGUUACCGGCAUCGCGGGAGCGGGGCGCCGGGGUUUACCACAGCUUACCGGAGCUUACCGGGACCCGGAGUUUAACGGCACUGGGGUUUACCAGGGCUUACGGGCACCAGGACUUACCGGCACCGAGAGCGAGGCACCGGCACCGGGGCACGGGAGCUUACUGGCCCUGGGACCCGGGUACCCGGACUUACUGGCACCGGGGCUUAGCAGGACCAGGGUCUGCCGGCACCAGGAACGGGGCACCGGCAUCGGGGCUUAGCAGCACCGGGACCCGGCAUAUCGGGACUUACCGGCACCGGGGCUUACUGGUACCGGGAGUGCGGCACUGGGCUUACCGGCACCGAGAUUUACAGGCACUGGGACUUACGACCCCUAGGACCCGAGGCACCGGGUCUUACAAGCAUAAAGAGCGGGCACCUGAGACUUACCGGCACCGGGACUUACCGGUACCGGCAGGGGGUGCUGCACCGGCGUUGGGGACGCAGAGGGACGAGGGAUAUCGGCUGCGGGGGGGGCAACCGCAGCGGCCCUGGCGGGAGGGACCGGCGCCGGUGGAUAAGGAUCUGUACUGGGAGCGACGGAUAGGCAGGAGAAGCGACAUCGCUUGGGGCCAGGCACAGAGGCAACGGCCACAGGGGAGCGGUGCGGGGAGGGCACUGGAGAAGCUGGAAGAGACUACCUGCCCGCGCUGCUGACACCCUCCGCCGAAGCCCAGAUGGUGCAGUCGCUGGGCUUCGCUGUGUACCGGGCACUGGACUGGGGGCUGGAUGAGAACGAAGAGCGGGAGCUGAGCCCACGCCUGGAGCAGCUCAUUGACCUGAUGACCAACAGCGACUCAGAGGACAGCGGCUGUGCCACAGCUGACGAGGGCUAUGGGGGGCAGGAGGAGGAAGAGGAGGGGGGCGAGGGACCACCACGCACUGUGCGCACAUUCGGGCAGGCCAUGCGGUGCUGUGCUGCCCGCCUGGCUGACCCUGCCGGCGCCCCGGCGCACUACCAGGCUGUGUGCCGUGCGCUCUUCGCUGAGACUGUGGAGCUCAUGGCCUUCCUUGCCAAGAUCCGUGAUGCCAAGGAGCUGCUGCAGAAGCUGAAGGAGGAUGAGGAAGAGGAGGAGCGACCGGCGGCGGAACUGGGCAGCCUGCGCAACACCGACUGGGCCCGGCUGUGGGUACAGCUGAUGCGAGAGCUGCGGCACGGCGUGAAGCUGAAGAAGGUGCAGGAGAAGCAGUUCAACCCGCUGCCCACUGAGUACCAGCUCACGCCCUUCGAGAUGCUCAUGCAGGACAUCCGUGCCCGCAACUACAAACUCCGCAAGGUCAUGGUGGAUGGAGACAUCCCCCCACGGGUGAAGAAGGAUGCCCACGAGCUCAUCCUUGACUUCAUCCGCUCCCGGCCCCCCCUGAAGCAGGCAUCAGAGCGACGGCUGCGGCCCCUGCCCCAAAAGCAGAGGACACUCCAUGAGAAGAUCCUGGAGGAGAUCAGGCAGGAGCGGAAGCUCCGGCCCGUGGAGCAGAAAGGGUACAGCUCCCUGCCCUGCAUCCCACAUGCCUGUGCUGGCCGCCUGGCCUCCAACUCCUGUCUCGAGCUCUCUCGGUGCCCGGCCAGUGCCAUGCCCACGCGCCCACGGCCACGCGUCCUCCUCAAGGCGCCCACCCUGGCCGAGAUGGAGGAGAUGAACCUCUCAGAGGAUGAGGACUCUCCAGGCACAGAGAUGCCACUGAAGCGGGAUCGCUCCUUCUCAGAGCAGGACCUGGCACAGCUGCAGAGCCAGCUGGGGGGUGACCAGGCUGCACCCCAGGACCUGGAGCCACUGCAGCCCGAGCCCCGGCCCCGCUCAGGCUCUGUCCCUGCCAGCUGUCACCAGCUGCCAGAUGGGCCAGCACUGCCCCGGGCUGCCCUCGGUGCCGUGGAGGAGAGACCGGAGGACGGAUCCAGCGCUGCCCCCACCACCAGCUCCAAGCACCUCUGGCUGGAGUUCAGCCACCCCGUGGAAAGCCUGGCUCUGACCGUGGAGGAGAUGAUCAAUGUCCGCAGGGUGCUGGUCAAGGCUGAGAUGGAGAAGUUCCUGCAGAGCAAGGAGCUGUACAGCAGCCUGCGGAGAGGGAAGGUUUGCUGCUGCUGCAGGGCCAAGUUCCCCCUCUUCUCCUGGCCCGCAGCCUGUCUCUUCUGCAAACGGUCUGUCUGUAGCUCCUGCAGCCUGAAGAUGAAGAUGCCUUCCAAGAAGCUGGCUCACAUCCCCGUCUACGCGCUGGGCUUCGAGAGCCUCCCGGGCUCGCUGCUGCCCAAGGCGCUGCCGCUGCGCCGGAGGGAGCCCUUCCACUCGCUGUCGGGGCCGUGCUGGCGCCGGGUGGAGGAGGAAUUCCCGCACAUCUACGCCCAGGGCUCGGUGCUGCGGGACGUGUGCCCCGACUGUGCCGGAUUCGUGAAGGACGUGGUGAGCUCCAGCCGGCGCAGCGUGGCCGUGCUCAACGCCAGCGCCGCGUCCCGGCGCCACGCCAAGGCCCGCUCCCUCUACAGCGACGCCUGGCUCCAGUGAGGGGCCCGACGCCCCGGUGACGGGCGCCAGGGGGGUGCCCCCCCGCUGUACAUAUAUACAUAGGAUGGAUACACACAGCCUCUAUAUUUAUAUACGUUAUGGACCAGGGGCAAAAGGACCCGUUCCUGCCAUCCCCUUCCAUCCCUGCCACCAGCCCCUGGGGGCACAAGUCCUGCCAUGGGGCACCUGCAGCCCCUGAGGGCAUGGAUCCCACCGUGGAGUACCCACAGACCCCGAGGGGAUGGAUUCCACCGUCGCACAGCCCCUGAGGGGGUGGAUCCAGCUGUGGGGUACCCACAGCCUCCAGUGGAACGGAUCCAGCUGUGGGACACCUCCAGCGUCCGGGGGGAAGGAUCCCACCGUGGGGCAGCUCCUGGGAGAACAGGUCCUGCUGCGGAGCGCCCACAUCCCCCAAGGGGAUGGACCACCGUUAGCCCCCAGAUGGAUGGAUCCUGCUGUGGGACACCCGCAGCCCCCCGGGGGCACAGAUUGCACCGUGGGGCAGCUCCUGGGGGAACAGAUCCCACAGUGGGGCACCUGCAGCCCCCUGUGUUGGCUUCCCUCAGCUCUGCUUCUGUGCCAAGCCCUGGCUGUGCCUGGGUGCCCGGUGCCCUGGGCUGGCACGGCUGCUCUGUAUGUCCCCCCUCCGAUAAUAAACCCGCUGGGCUACCC